UGUAACUCCUGCAAAAAGGGACCCCCUGAGGUCACCUUGAAGCAAUGUUCAGGCUGCUCUCAGACCCAAUACUGCUCCCACGAGUGCCAAAAGAAGGACUGGAAGUCUCACAAGAAGACUUGCCGCAAGACUCAAUCUUCGAAUGCGGCCUCUAAAGCUUCCACCUCUGGAGCUUCCACCUCUGGAGCUUCCACCUCUGGAGCUUCCACCUCGGAGAGCAAGUCUGCUUCCGCUCGGCCAACCCACGACAUGCCUUUCACUCGCCUCGAUCAGGGCACCUGGCUUCACGACCGCCCCGAAAGGGAGACUUAUCAAUUGCUCAUUGACGCCUACCGCCUUCGGGUCGAGGAUACCUACACUUUCCGCGGCGAGCUUAUGGAGGGCAGUCUCUAUGAUAAUGGUUCCCACGGACUUCGCGGCUUCCGCAAGUUCUUGAAGAAGGCCGCCACCGUACCGGGACUCCUUCCCCCGUGGUGGAACGAUGAAAAGAAGAGAGCGUGCGAGCAGCUAGGCAUGGAUAAGUCGCAGUGGUCAGAUCUGCAUUACGCUGUCGACAAAAGCGACAUCAGGGAUCAUUACAAGGAUAGCUUGUUUCCGAUGAAGCUGCGCAUGUUUGGUGAUGCCAUUUAUGGGUUCAAUCCGAGCGGU